UGUGAACCAUAAUAAACACAAGCUCCAUAGCGGAUCACUAAAACUGGAUAUUUUUACUAUUUUAUAAUCACAAACCAAGACGUCGCCAUGGGGAAGAGCCAGUCCCACUUGGGUAAGAACAAAGACGACAGCCAGGAGGCGCUCACGGGCUCUGACGCGGAGAAAGAGGAGAAGAGUGAGGACAUGUCACAGUUCCCCUACGUGGAGUUCACCGGGAGAGACAGUGUGACCUGCCCAACCUGCCAGGGCACCGGCCGCAUCCCCAGAGGUCAGGAGAAUCAGCUGGUGGCUCUGAUCCCCUACAGUGACCAGCGCCUCAGACCCAGCAGGACAAAACUGUACGUGACCUUAUCCGUGGCCCUGUGCCUGCUGCUGUCGGGGCUGGCGGUCUUCUUCCUCUUCCCUCGGCCCAUCGAUGUGUCCUACGUAGGCAUCAAGUCCGCGUACGUGUCCUACGACCAGGACAAGCGCAUCGUCUUUCUCAACAUCACGAGCACCUUGAACAUCACCAACAACAACUACUACGCCAUCUACAUGACCAACAUCACAGCCGAGGUGCAGUUCUACAAAACAGUGAUCGGAAAAGCCAAGAUAAACAACAGCACUCUGAUUAUACCUCUGGACGAGAGACAGGUCGACUACACAGUUCCCACCAUCAUAGCUGAUGAUAUGAGCUAUAUGUUCGCCUACUGCACCAUGCCCACCAUCAGAGUGCACAAUAUAGGAGUCAUGAUGCUAGUUACCGUGACGACGUCCUACUUUGGCCACGCCGAGCAGGUUUCCCAGGAGACGUACCAGUACGUGGACUGUGGCGCCAACACCACCACGCUGCACUCCGCACACACUCACGUCUACAAAGAGUGAACACGCCGUGGAUCGAGGACUGAGCUGCACUGAAGGGCUCCCCCUGCUGGCAUCACUGUGCCCGGCAACACAAGUCACCACAGCAGGGGAGUUUGUGUAUGAGUGGUGAGCCUACAUUCCUGCGCGGCCUCUAAAAAACAAACUGAACAUGAACUACGACGAGGCCUGAGCCAUUUCAAAAUGUCCAAGCUCAAUUUUCGUAAUAACAUUGCAAUUAUGAUUCAAUUUGCAAUGUUAUUUUUAGAAGCUGAAAUUCAGAUGAUUUCAAAUUUGGGAGAAACAUCAAAUUACAACUUGGAAGACAUUGUUUUCUUAAAAAGUGACCUAGGUAAGAGGAAUUUUGAUCUAUAGUAAAGUUUUUGACACUUUAAGGUGCAUAUGACUGGUUAGCGUACUUUUUCACCUCAACAUAAUUCUAUUUUAAUAUAUAAAAUUAUAAUUUUUAACAUUCUGGUUAAAUUUAUAAUUUUACUUCCUGGUUAGACAGCAGAUCUGAAAUACAUACAAUUCUUUUGGCACCCAUGCUCUAAACAAGGGUCAAAAUGUGUCCAAAUUACACAACAGUUACAAUUAUACAAAUAAAAAUAAAUGAUGACACCUUUUAUUUUGUUAAAUGAAGGUUUAAACAGUCAGAGAAAAUGCUUUCCUCGUGCGGCAAUUGUCCUGCAUUUUGGAUAGAUUCAUAAUUAGAAAAGCAUGAACCUCCCAUAUGCACUUUAAGAUACAAGCCCUUAUACAGUGACCACUAAGCAUUACUGGACCACUUUUAACAAUUAGGGCACGAACUUGGGCUCCCUCUUGAUCGUCUCCAUGCAGAAAUUACGAUAUUGCUUUGCCUGAAAUGUUCCACAGUAUGGCAUCAUCUAUAUUCUCUAUGGAAAGACACAUAUUUUUACUUUUUUUGAGCUGUUAACCACAUUAGAAUAUUGUUCCUUCAUUAAAAACAUACCUGAAGCUUAGACUGUAUGAAGUAGUGGAUUAAGGCUUCGUUCAGACUGCAGGACUUAAUGCUCAAUUCAGAUUUUUUUGUGGAAUCCGAUUUUUUUGCGAGGUUGUUCACAUUUCCAAUUAAACAUGACUUGUAUGUGAUCUCCAGUGUGAACUUUAAACGUCCCAAAAGUGUCCCACAUGAGCACUGGAGGACACAACGACGUCACACACACUGAGCAUGCUCGCUUUUUACAGAAGUCGCGUAAACAUGGACGUGAGCAUUGAGCACCUGGCGAUUUUGAAGUUGUUCUCGUACCGGAGCCAGAACACGUACAGCUUAUUUGUUUUAAGGAGGAGAUUGAGAAGGACGAGGUUUUUGGCCGUGGCGUUUUGUGGGGCAGUGGCAGCAACGUCUGUAGAAAGGAACGUGUGGGUGCAGCCAAGAGUGGUGGGAUUGCAAUGUGCUUCGCUGCUUCAUUGACACAAUCAGACACAGUUUUCAUGAGAUGAGAAGAACGUUUGUGUACAUUCGUGAGCGCCUACUUGUUCCACUCUCGCAGGAGGAAACACGUCUUUGGCGGCCUAUUUCAGUGAGCAAAGGCGUCGGUGUUGGUCUGUAUUGGCUCACAACAGGUGCUUGUUCACUGUUGUUAUGACUUCCAGGUGAGAUGAAAGCGACCUGACCGCUCAGACUGAAGUUGCAUGUCAAAAGAUCAGAAUGUAUCGGUUUUAGGAGCACAUAUCCAACUGGCCUUUUGAAAAAAUCAGAUGUGUCAUUCAGACUGUCAUUAAAUGAUCAGAUACAGGAGCAUAAGAACCAAAAAAUGGGAUCUGGGUCACUUCAGGCUGCAGUCUGAACGUAGCCUUAGUGAGUGUGAUGUUGCACAUAGUGUUCAACUCCAGUCAAAUGAAGCUCACUGAGGCUGGUUUUACAAACAAAAACAAAUUUGUGAGGAAAGAAGGCACCUGAUUUGUCUGUUAUUAAUGUUCACAUCCUGAUUUAUGGACAAAAGAGAGCACAAGAGAUAACUUUAUUGAUCUUAAGGGACAUUCAAGUUUUGCAUUUACACAGCGCGUCUGUUGCCUUUGUGUCUCCGUCAAAAUAGUGAAAUUAAAACAUCAGGAUCAUGUAGAGGGUUCAUGCUCACUUCAUAUUUAGAACAUAGCAAUUAGAAGGCUUCAAGCUGGUUUCAGUAAUCCUCUGAGCCUCACAAAACGCUUGAAUUUUCCCAGGAUUGUGAUGUCAUAGACGGACAUCCUGUGCAGUUUUUAAGUUUGUACAUCAUUGUAGCAUUUGUGCCACCAAAUCUUGCUCAUUACUGCUCCGUGCUUAUAUUAACAUGUUUCUUUUAAGGCAGUUUAAGUUUUUUCUGUGGCUAUUCCCUUUGUUGCCAGUAGAGGGCGAGCUCCACCAGAUUAGAGUACAGAAAGCACGGAGGAAACUGAAAUCAUGUCUGUAUUUUUAAGUAGACAUUAUUUUAAGUUGUAAAUCAUGAAAUUCAAAAUGAAAGAUUAUGUUUAAAGACAAUAGCAAUUCAAGUAAUGCAUAAUAUUUGUUCUUUAAUGCCGUACUGCGGAAUAUUCCAGAUUCCAGAAGCAAUAACAUCUCCAUGGAGAAAAGCAAGUGGCAGAUUUUUCACUAGAAAGGUUACACAGUGGACCUUUAAGGGUAAACUGGGCAGUAGAUAUUAAUGUUGUGCAAUAAGAUACAUUCAGUUGCUUUUUAUUUCAACAUUUUUGAAGAAUUUAAUCAAUUUAGUUUUGAUUUUUAUGUGAAAAAAGGGAUUGUCAAAUAAUGUACUUGUGUGUAUGUAGAGAUUGUUUUAUGUUUUUGUAACUUCUGCUUUUAAUUUCAACAUUUUGGCUUUUUAAAUGUUUUUUGCUUGUGAUUCUUGAUUCAAAUGAUCAUAUUUCAGAGAUUUAAAAAAUUUCAAGAUUUCAAAAUUUCAAAAUGGCAAAGGAAAGAGCUGAAAUUUCAAAACCCUCCCCAAAUUUCACAUUCUUGUUUGUGUUUUAUACUUUUUUGUUGACUAUUACCUGCUGGUUGUAAUCACUUUUUUUCUCACUAAUUGAAUUUGUUUGUGUGUUGCAAUGCCAUGUCUGCGCUCUAGGUGGUGCUGUGGGAUAACUGCUCUGACUUUUACCACGUCUUUGGAAUGGAACUCAAAAUAAGCAAUAAGCAUCUUUAAAGUUAUAAAGAUUAUGGUGAAAUAAACACGUUGUUAAAAA